AUGCUGACAAAAGAUUCUCCUAAGCUGGAGCUUGUUAAAGAUUAUAUCAGUUUUUAUAGCUCACAAUCACAAAUUACAGUAAUCCCAAUAUCCAAUGAAUCAUCCAGUGAAGAUCCUGAUAAGUGUACAGAUUUCAUGUUGAAAUAUUUGGAAGCUUUAUAUACUAUUUCUAGCAAUUCUGCUUUAACAUGUAUGACACAGUCACCAGCAUCUUCAAAAAAUUCAGCAAUAAUCAUUCUGUUAAGAAAUCUUGAAGAAAGCUCUACCAGGAUCCAAAGCAAAAAUACUAGUCAAAGGUCAUUACAAAAAUGUACUUGUAAUAAUAUUUAG